AAGAAAAAAAUCUUUUUAUCAUAAAUGUCUCAAAGACCUCCUGCACCAUCAAGUAAAAUAAUCUUUCUACUUUUUUAGAUCAACCUCCUCAACAACCAUAAGCACCAUAAUAUCAACCAUAACAACCAUAAUAUGCACCUUAAUUUGCUCCUUAAUAUGCUCCUCAAUAUGCACCUUAAUAUGCACCUGCCCCAUUAGCAACCUAUCCAACAUAAUAUGCUCCUGCAUAUGCUCCAGUUGCUCCAUUAACAUACAGUGUUGCUAGACCAGUUGCACCAGUUGUUGCUUAACCAGUUGUUGCUUAACCAGUUGUUUAAGCCCCAGUUUUACAAUAAUCAGUUAUUGCUUAACCAGUCGUUUAACAAUCUGUUCAUGUAACAAAAAAAUUCAAAUUUAAAUUAGGCAACAAUCAAAGGAGAAUCAAGAAUUGAAUAUGUCCCAUACUAAAAGGCUGUUAUGGAAUAUGAAGAACAGGAAGUCGUUCAAUAUGUCCCAAGAGAAAGAAAAGUCACAGAUUAUUAUGCAGUUGAAUAUUAAACAGAAUACGUCCCAUAAGUAUUCUAAGAGAAAUACAC